UUUUGUACUGUAGACAAAGUACCGUUUGGAGUUCUCUUCUUUUCCUAGAAGAUCCAGACUGUCUCAACUGAUAAUUAGUGAAUCAUACUAGUAUCUUAUUUUUUUCUACGCCGACCUUGGACUCUCUGGGGACAUAUCUCAACAGACCCCGCAUGCGGGCUGACUCUAAACUCCUAUCACAAGCCAAAUUGUUUGCUGGUCACAGUACUUCUUCACGAAAGCCACAGCCAUGGAGACAAAGCCAGGCGACUCCGAAGGUCUUUCUCAGACUAAAGAGAAAUCCCUAGAGACAGCAACAAAAGAGGUCGAACCAACUCCUAAAGCCAAUGGCCCCGCACCCUCCGCUGAAGAGGUCCCUGACCCAGAUGAAGAUGAUCUGGAUGACCUAGAUGACAUGCUCGAUCAAUUCGCCCCCGAGCCAAAAGCCCCCUCCGUGUCUUCAGGUCCCGGCAGACCACAGCCAGAUGCUACCCCGACAACAGAAGGCAUUUCUGAUGAGGAGUUUGCGAAGCAACUGCAGGCUGGGAUGGCUGAACUCCUAGGAGAGCUAGAGAGCUCACCCGAAAUGCGAGCACAAUUCGAGAGCAUGAUGAAAGAGCUCGACGGAGCUGCCGCCUCAGGGGAAACUGCUUCACCAAGCUCUGGCCCGCCCCCCUCAGCCGGUCCCUCAAAGCCUAGUACGUCGAAAGAUAAGGCUGCUGCUGCAGGAGGGAAGGAUGCGGCGGAGGAAAGCUUCCAAGCCAAAAUCCAACAAACCAUGGAGCGCAUGCGCGUCUCGGGCGACAACGCAACGGCAGCGGCUGCGAACAGCGGCUCAGAUGACUUUCUCGCAGAGAUGAUAAAAGCGAUGCAAGGCACCGGACUAGAUGGGGAAGCCGGCGAAGAAGAUUUCUCUAAGAUGAUCUUGGGCAUGAUGGAGCAGUUGACGAAUAAAGAGAUUCUGUACGAGCCGAUGAAGGAACUUGACGAUAAGUUUCAACCCUGGCUGGAGAAGAAUGAGGGAAAGAUAGGGCAGGAGGAUUUGAAGAGGUAUAGAGAGCAGCAGAUUUACGUUAGAGAAAUUGUGGGAAAGUUUGAGGAGAAAACAUACAGUGAUGAGAAUGCGGCCGACAGGGAGUAUAUUGUAGAGAGGAUGCAGAAGAUGCAAGCAGCUGGCUCUCCACCCCCAGAUCUUGUGGGAGAUAUGGCAACUGCGCAAGAAGCGUUCGGAGCACCUGAAGAAGGCUGUCCACAACAAUAAAGAACUCUUAAUCUCAAUUCUUUCUGAUAUAACUGGCCGAAGCUUUCAAAUUCCAUAAACCAACAUCCAGGCCAUGAGUGAUUGAACCUCAGAUCCUACCAC